AUGGCGACCAUACUGGACAGGGGAUGUGGCUGUGUGCGGGCCGUUGUCGGACUCUUCACGGCAACCAACUGGCGAUGGUUCAAGGAUAAUGGUGACAAGUCGGAUCAGAGGACCAAGAAGAACGGACGACUCCUCCUACGUCGACGGGGAAAGAAAGGGCCUCCAGCAAGGCGGACUGCUCUCCUAGAGACGAUCUACGAAGAGCAUGAAUCUUCCGAGAGUGAUCGAUCAUAUGCUAGCGCGGUUGAACAUCAAAACCCUACCUCUGCUGCUUGCACCGUGCCACGACUUUCACAACAGUCCCAAAUCACUCCUGGUCCAUCCUCAAGCACGCAAACACCAGAAAUUGCGCCCAAAGACACCUCCGUUGCUCCAGAAGAACCAAACAAAGACAAACCUGUCCAGGAAGAGACUAACUCAUCUACACCCAUGAACGAGCCGGAUAAUGUGGAAGAAGCUGCUCAAACUGCUAUCUCCACUUGGAGAGAGGAAAUCUCGGAUGGCGUUGUCAAACCUCCACAAGACAAUGACGGCUCAUCGUCCGUGAAGAAUACUCCGGCUGACCCCAAAGGCAAGGGAAAGGCAUUUGAUGUCGAAACAGUCUCUCGUUCACAGAGUCAGCAAAGUGCGGUUAGCGACCAUGUCAAAACCAAGAACGGCCUCGAGGGUCAGCUCAAUCGUCAUCUUGGCCAGCUCGAUCGUAUUCGUCGCGUCGUUGGGCUGUUGAAUAACGAAAUUCAAGGGUUGGAUGGGCAAUUGGCUGCUAAGAGACGUCUGCACCGUGAAGAUCCUGUCUUGCUAGGUCACCUGCAGACGGAGAUCGAGUUCCUUCGUGGAUGUCGCAACACUUAUGUCCCCAUCGUCGGAUACCAUCACGACCAAAUCCAACGCAUUGCCGAUGAAAGAGCAGACUUGGACAAGAGCCAGGGCCAGGAGUGUACCGUUUACCAUUCGUACCUCGGUCGCAUCAAGCAUGUUGAAUGGUUGAAAGCAUUUUCCUAUUAG